UUAUGUUUCGCAUUUGUAGGCUUUUUUUUAACCAUGAUUGAUGAAUGGAUACAGGCGUCAACUCUAGCUAUUACAACGAGGGUUACUUGAGAAUUUUCUGAUAGCAAUCCUCCAACUACAUCCCACCAAUGACAAUCACGCAUCAGUGUUGGCGUCAGAAAACUCGAGAAUCAUCUCACUCCAACACAGAUUCCUCGCCCAAAGUCGCCGAUCUAAAUCCAUCUGACAAUGGCACCGCCAAUUCCGUACUCUCUUCUCCGAGAGUGGAAGCAGCAAGUCCAUACUCUUGACGACCCUUUCAUAUCCCAACUCCCCAAAAUCGAGCUACACAUCCACAUAGAAGGGACUCUCACUCCGUCCCUCCGCUUCAAGCUAGCUUCGCCAGAAACUUCUCCCUCUUCACUCCCAGCGUCUUCAAAAUGACUUCAGUACUCUAUCAGAGUUAGAAGAAACGUAUCAACUUCUAGAACCUCCAGGUAGCAAAGGAACCGGCAUCUCAGCCUUUCUCGAAGCCUAUUACGGGUCCAUGGAAGUCUUAUUGGAGGAAAGUGAUUUCUUUGAGUUGGCGAUGGGCUACUUUUCCAAGACGAGAGAGAUGAACGUAAAGUAUUGUGAGAUUUUGUUUGAUAUACAGGCGCAUACUAGGAGAGGAGUGAGCGUUUCCACAGUGAUGGAUGGAUUUCGACUAGCACAAGUGAAAGCCGGGAAAGAACUAAAUGUUUGUCUCUUCACUUCCCUACUCCAUCUCUUCAUUCUUCAUAUCUAAAGAUUUCCCAAAGGUCAAAUCCCAGUGGAUCGCUUGUUUCCUCCGCAACCUUCCUCAAGAAUCAGCAACGGAGCAUUACGAACUCCUCUUGCCAUAUAAGGAUAUGAUAGUAGGAAUAGGCCUCGAUUCCAACGAAUUUAACCAUCCACCCUCUUUUUUCUACGACCUUUUUCAAAGAGCAAGAAAUGAUGGCUUUAAACUAACUUGUCACUGCGACGUGGCUCAACCAGCAACUCACUCUCAUAUCUACCAAGUAGCUACUUCUCUUGGUGGCACAGGAGCAGAACGCAUCGACCACGGUCUUGAUGCUGCCUCGGACCCUUCUUUGAUCCAGAUUAUCAAAGAAAAAGGAAUCGGGAUGACGCUAUGUCCUUGGGCAUAUGUUCGACAUCACACAGAGGAAGAUAUCUUCGGGUGUCUAAGAAAGCUAUUUGCAGAGGACGUGAAGAUCAUGAUCAGUAGUGACAGUCCGGUUUAUGUGGAGAGCCUUUGGCUGGAUGAUAAUCUGAAGUUGAUUCGUUCAAAAGCAGGGUUUACGAACGAGGAGUUUGAGAGGCUGAUGGUGAAUGCGAUUGAUAUAUGUUGGGCAAAGCAUGAGGUGAAGAUGGCGUUUAGAGAAGAGCUUGCUCAGUUUAUGGAGGAUAUGCGAUAAAUGAAAAUCUAGUGACUCCUAGAAUUUGAGUCUUGGUGCCUGGAGGUACAUUUUGACCAGAGAUUCUUUGAUUGUACGAAACAGUAAGAAUUACGCAUGAAACUUAUCCUGGGAAUGAACAUGAG